AUGUCCACCGACUACAAGUUUGAGGGCUGGUGCGGCCUGAGCCCUGAGGCCGUUGACGGCAAGAUGGUCUGGCAGCAGUACGAGCCCAAGCCCUUCACCGACGACGAUGUCGACAUCAAGAUCCAGGCCUGCGGUAUCUGCGGCUCCGACAUCCACACUCUCCGCUCUGGCUGGGGUGCCACCCCCUACCCUUGCGUUGUCGGCCACGAGAUCAUUGGCCGCGCGGUGCGUGUGGGCAAGAACGUCACCCACGUCAAGGAGGGCGACCGCGUCGGUGUCGGCGCGCAGGCUUCGUCCUGCCUGAAGCCCGACUGCGCCGCCUGCGCCGACGGCGAGGAGAACCACUGCCCGUCCAUGGUCGGCACCUACGCCGCCAAGUACCCUGACGGCAGCAAGAGCUACGGCGGCUACGCCGACUACAACCGCACGCCGGGCCACUUCGUGCUCAAGAUCCCCGACAGCAUCCCCACCAAGGACGCCGCUCCCAUGAUGUGCGCCGGCAUCACGCUGUACAGCCCGCUGAAGCGCGAGGGCUGCGGGCCGGGCAAGCGCGUCGGCAUCGUCGGCCUGGGCGGCCUCGGCCACUUCGGCGUGCUCUUCGCCAAGGCCCUGGGCGCCGACAAGGUCGUCGUCAUCUCGCGCACCGCCGCCAAGAAGCAGGACGCCGUCGAGAUGGGCGCCGACGACUUCAUCGCCACCGACGAGGACCCGGACUGGGCCGCCACCCACGCCAACUCGCUCGACAUCAUCGUCUCGACCGUCUCGUCGCCCAAGAUGCCCCUCAUGGGCUACCUCAGCCUGCUGCGCUACAAGGGCACCUUCAUCCAGGUCGGCGCCCCCGAGGACGCCCUGCCCCAGAUCAACGCCUUCGCCCUCAUCGCCAAGCGCUGCAAGCUCGGCGGCUCCCUCAUCGGCGCCCCCGGCGAGAUCAAGGAGAUGCUCGACCUCGCCGCCGAGAAGAAGCUCAAGCCUUGGAUCCAGGAGCGCUCCAUGAAGGACGCCAACCAGGCCAUCGUCGACAUGGAGGACGGCAAGGCCAGGUACAGGUACGUCCUGGUCAACGAGAAGCACGCCGAGUAA